GCGCCCGGGCGCCCGGGCUUCGCCCUCUCCUGCCCCCGGCAGUCAAGAGGCCCCCCGUCACCGGGAACUGGCUGCGCCGGUCCCGGCAGCGACCCUGUAUUGUUGUUGUAGUAGUCCUCGCAACAGGCUCGUUCCUCCCCACCCUUCAAGAUGUUCUCCCUUGUCGCCAAGACCACUGCCCCGUCCGUCGCCCCGCGCGCGGCCUUCAUCGCCUCGCGCCUGAUGUCCUCGGCCGCGGCCAGCUCCCCCCAGCCGGAGGGCGAGCCCCGCUUCCUGGAGAUGGUCAAGCUGAACUUCGACCGCGCCGCCGCCCUGACCAAGUACUCUGACGACCUGCUCGAUGUUGUCAAGCAGUGCAACAGCGUCAUCCGCUUCUCCUUCCCCAUCCGCCGCGAUGAUGGCACCAUCGAGUCCAUCCACGGCUACCGCGCCCAGCACUCCCACCACCGCGUCCCCUGCAAGGGUGGUAUCCGCUACGCCGAUGAGGUCAACCUCCAGGAGGUCGAGGCCCUGGCCGGUCUGAUGACCUACAAGUGCGCCGUCGCCGCCAUCCCCUUCGGCGGUGCCAAGGGUGGUGUCCGCAUCGACCCGAAGAAGUACUCCGUCGCCGAGCUCGAGCGCAUCACUCGUCGCUUCACCAUGGAGCUGGCCAAGAAGGGCUUCAUCGGCCCCGGCAUUGAUGUCCCGGCCCCGGACAUGGGUACCGGCCAGCGCGAGAUGGGCUGGAUCAAGGACACCUACCAGAUGCUCUUCGGCAACAACGACAUCAACUCCCUCGGUGUCGUCACCGGCAAGCCCCUCUCCCAGGGUGGUAUCUGCGGCCGCGCUGAGGCCACCGGUCUCGGUGUCUUCUACGGUGUCGUGGAGUUCCUCAACAACCCCCAGAUGCUGGAGAAGGUUGGCCUCACCCGCCCCGGCCUCAAGGACCUGACCUUCGCCGUUCAGGGUCUCGGCAACGUCGGCUUCAGCGCCGCCAAGUUCUUCACCCAGGCCGGCGCCAAGUGCGUGUCCGUCGUCGAGUACAACUCCGCCGUCUACAACGAGAACGGCCUCGAUGUCGAGGCCCUCAAGCAGUACAUGAGCCAGAAGGGCACCCUCGAGGGCUUCCCCGGCGCCACCAAGAGCUUCGCCUCCAACCCCAAGGAGGGUCUCGAGGUCGAGUGCGACUUCCUGGUCCCCGCCGCCCUGGAGUGCCAGCUAAACAUGCACAACGCCGCCAACAUCAAGUGCCGCUUCAUCGCCGAGGCCGCCAACGGCCCGACCACCCCGGCCGCCGAUGAGAUCUUCGCCAAGAAGGGCAUCGUCGUCAUCCCCGACAUCAUGCUCAACGCCGGUGGUGUCACCGUCUCCUACUUCGAGUGGCUCAAGAACCUGAGCCACGUCCGCUUCGGCCGCCUCACCCGCAAGUGGGAGGAGCGCUCCAAGCGCGACCUGGUCGACCUGAUCACCAACACCGCCGGCAUCAACCCGAUCGAGUCCUCCAAGGUCUUCGACGGCCCCUCCGAGCUGGACAUCGUCUACUCCGGCCUCGAGGAGACCAUGGUCACCUCCAUCAACGACAUCAUCAACGUCUCCAACGAGCUUGGCUGCUCUCUGCGUGACGCCGCCUACGUCCUGGCCAUCCGCCGCAUCAUGGUUGUCCACCAGGAGGCCGGUAUCACCAUCUAAGCGCGUGGUGUGUUGUCCAUGCGUGCGUGCGCGUGUGCAUGCCUGCGCCCUCCUCUCUCUCUCUCUCUCUCUUUCC